GUACAGUGUAUGGACGGUACCUGUAUACAGAGCAAGUGGCUGUGUGACGGCGAGCCAGACUGUCAGGACGGCUGGGAUGAACAGAACUGCACGGGGGGCGCCGUGGCCGCGCCGGGGUGCAAGGAGGACGAAGUUCGCUGCCCCAAGGAGGCCACGUGCCUCAAGUACCAGUACCUCUGUGACGGGGACCAGGACUGCGCGGGGGGGUGGGACGAGGGGGACGACGUGUGCCGGGGACGCUGCGCGGCGUCCCAGUUCCGCUGCGCCGACGACGUCUGCAUCGCCGCCGCCCUGCGCUGCGACGGCCGCGCCGACUGCGCGCGGGGCGACGACGAAGUGGGCUGUCCAGGUCCGCGGUGCAACGGGACGUUCGAGUGCGGGGACGGCUCCUGCGUGUCCCUGGACCGCGUGUGUGACGGACGGCAGGACUGCCCCCCACACCCCGAUGGUGGUGACGAGGCCAGCUGUGGGGUGAACGAGUGCCUGGUGGGCAACGGCGGCUGCGACCAGCUGUGCAUAGACACCCCCGUGGGGUACCACUGCGACUGCCGGCCUGGGUACCACUUGGUACAUGGAACACAGUGUGUAGACGUGGACGAGUGCGUGGCACCAGGUACGUGCUCGCAGGUGUGUACCAACACGCCGGGGUCGUACAAGUGUACCUGCGUGGCGGGGUACCAGCGGGACCUGCAGGUACCAGCGACCUGCAAGGCGGUGGAGGGGCACGCGUCGCUGCUGCUCGCGCACCACCAGGACAUACGCAAGAUCUCCCUCGACCAUAUGGAGGUGACGGCGAUCGUGAACGCGACGCGCGGCGCCACGGCGCUCGACUUCGUCUUCAAGACGGGCAUGAUCUUCUGGACGGACAUGCGGGACAAGUGCAUCUACAAGGCCCCCAUUGACGAGGGCGCCAAGAAGGAGGUGGUCAUCCAGGACGACGUGACCACGUCUGAUGGUCUGGCGGUCGACUGGAUCUACAACCAUCUGUACUGGACCAACUCUCAGCUGGACACCAUCGAGCUGUCUGACCUGGCGGGGGGCAUGCGCAAGACGCUGCUGAGGGACGACAUAGACGAGCCGCGCGCCAUCGCCCUGUACCCUCUGGAGGGCUGGCUCUUCUGGACGGACUGGGGGCGCCGCCCCAAGAUAGAGAGGGCGGGCAUGGACGGCACGCACCGCCAGGCCAUUGUGACGGACAGGAUCCGGUGGCCGAACGCGCUGACGCUGGACCUGGUGCUGCACAAGCUGUGCUGGGCGGACAGCAAGGAGCACAGCAUCAACUGUGCUGACUUCGAUGGUGCAAACAGGAGGACGGUGCUGCACUCCCCCGAGGCCCUCCCUCACCCCUUCUCCCUGACCGUGUGGGAGGACACGCUCUUCUGGACGGACUGGACGAAGGAGGCCGUCUUGUCCACCAACAAGUUCACCGGCGGCAACCUGUCCACCAUCGCCCACCUACACGCUAUCCCGAUGACGGUGCACGUGUACCACAGCUACCGGCAGCCCAACAGUACCAACCACUGUACCCCGCUGAACGGCCUCUGCACCCACCUCUGCCUGCCCGC